AUGAUCAUCAAGGCGCUUAGUGCCAUGUUCGCACGGUGCGGGGUACCCAUGGAAGUGUGCACCGACAAUGGGCCACAAUUUGUAAGUCACGAGUGUGCAGCCUUUGUAACAAAAUACGAUAUUAGUCAUGUUACGUCCAGCCCUCCCUACCCACAAUCUAAUGGCCUAGCGGAAAAAGGGGUCCAGGUUGUCAAGCGCAUAAUGAAAGAAUGUGUGCACGCACACGAAAACUUCUGGCUGGGUCUGCAGGCCUACUGCUGUACGCCACUGGAGAACGGCCUAUCGCCAGCGGAACUUCUGCAGGGCAGAUGCCCGAGAGCUAAUCUUCCUAAUUUUUCUGCAGUGCCAACAACCGUCGUGAAGAAGCACCAGCUGAAGAGCAGCGGAAAGCCCCUAUCGCCUUUGGCUAAAGAAUCGGACGUGAGUAUUGGGGACAAAACAUGGACACAGAAAGGGCAAGUCGUCACAACUGCUGUGCCCAGGUCCUACAAAGUUCAAACUAAAUAUCAUCAGCUGUUCAGGCGCAACAGGCUCAUCUUCUGCAAACCGGUGAGAGUUGUGCUGUAG